AUGCCUGCCGUGUUUGGUCCUUUCGAAGACCUGCUAGAUCUGCAAAACAAGGCGGAUAAUGCUGCUAACCCUGGUGACGGUACCGCUGUUGACGAGGCUGAUUCUGAAGGACAAGAUCAGGGCCCGGCGAAGGAAGAUGCUGCUGAUACGGGCAAUAAGGAUGAUGAAGAAGAGGACUUGUCUGAUCCGGUCCCUGAGGAUGAAGACGAUGGGUAUCUGAGCGAUGGCUCGGACGAGCACCUGGAAUCUGCUUCGCUUUCCAGUGCUUUGGCUUUGAAGCGAUUCUCACUAACCUUGCUGGUGCCGAUCCUCAGGAAAGCAGAGGUUAAGCGCGCGGCUGUGACGAUUGCUGCGUUGUUGGAUGACUGGAAGGACCAGUUAACUCCGGAUGUGCUGCAAACAACGACCUACCAGGAGCUCACGGCGACCUUUUUCUCCGGCACACGCUAUGGUUGGCUGCAAGUCACGUUUAACCACGUCAGAGAUGCGAACUUCGUAUGGAACCAGGUCAUCAAGCAUGAGUGUGUGAAUGGGGACAUCAUCGAUCUUACCUGGCAGUUCCCUGAAGAUGCGCGUUUCCUCCGUGAACGCGUUCUGAACCCGUUGGCACAGGAGGUGGUGGUCAAGGGGGUGCCAGCCGAGAUCUCUGCGGAGCUUAUUCGCCAUCUGCUGGUGGUGUCAAAGCUGGUCAAGCGAGGCAGGAGUGCCUUCGCCAGCGGCUUUGGCUUUCACCGAACGCUGGACUCGGUUUCUGGGCUCGAUACUGACCUUAUUCUCACCUCCACAGGAGGGAUGCGGGAGGAGUGGGUGUGUGUGCAGACCGUGUGCGAGAAGGCACAGGGGAACCGGUUCGAACAAGCAGCGGCUCACGUUGCAUCUGCCAAGCACAAGGGGGGUCUGCGAACAGAAGGAGCGGCAACCCGCGCCAGCAAGAAUUCCCAAAAGAUGGCUGCUUUCAAGAAGGACUUCAUUGUCAAGCAGUCAGCGAAGUGA